CCGGGCUCUGGUCGCGACGGUCCGCGAUGUUGCCUCUAUCUUCCAGCGCCGGACCUCGGGGCAGGCCCCCGGGCCUCUCUCUCGGGACCGCUGCUCGAGGGGCCCAGGCUCCGUGGAGAGGGAGAGACGGGGCAGUCUGCCCGGGCAUCCGCGCGCAAGCUGCACGCGCCAGGUCGCGCGUACGCGCCCUCGCUUCCACUGCAGCGUUCCGCGCUGGCUCAGAGGAGGACAAGGUACCCACGCCGCUACCCUUCCCUCGUUUUCUGCAGAUGCUGGCCGCUGGAUAUGGCCACACGGUGCUGCUCAGGAGCGACGGCACCGCCGUGGCCCGCGGCAGCAAUGCUGAUGGUCGGUGCGACCUCCCGGCGCUGCCCGCGGGUCGCCGCUGGAGGGCGCCACACGGUGCUGCUCAGGAGCGACGGCACCGCCGUGGCCUGCGGCGACAAUGAUGAUGGACAGUGCGUCCUCCCGGCGCUACCCGCGGGCCUGACCUACACGCAGGUCGCCGCUGGAGGGCGCCACGCGGUGCUGCUCAGGAGCGACGGCACCGCCGUGGCCUGCGGCUGGAAUGAUGAUGGUCAGUGCGACCUCCCGGCGCUGCCCGCGGGCCUGACCUACACAGCUCAUUUGCUUCCAGCGCUGCUCCUGCAGGUGUCGCUCGAUGGCGGCUCCAUGGUUUUCGUCACCAUCGGCGGGGUGGAGCGAUGCAGGAUCAGGGCGGCGCCCACCGCCCGCCUCGCAGACAUCCACCUCCAGCUCGUGGCCGAGCACCGCGCGGGCAGGCUGGGCCCCGGAGCCUGGCGCGUCGAGGCGAUCCUGCCGGGGGGCCGCCCGCUCAGCGCCGCGGCCGAGGAGACGGACAGCGGCGCGCAUACUCUCGAGAGCUUAGCGCCCGUGCGCUCGGGGUGCUCUCAGAAGCUGCGCCUCGCCGAGGCGUUUCCGGGGGUGCCCAGGACCGGUUCCGCAGAACCGGUUCCACGGAACCGGUUCCACAGGACCGGUUCCGCAGGACCGGUACCACAGAACCGGUUCCAUAAGCCCGGUUCCACAGUAUUGCAGGUUCCACAGGACCGGUUCCACAGGAGCGACGGCACCGCCGUGGCCCGCGGCUGGAAUGCUGAUGGUCAGUGCGACCUCCCGGCGCUGCCCGCGGGCCUGACCUACACGCAGGUCGCCGCUGGAGGGCUCCACACGGUGCUGCUCAGGAGCGACGGCACCGCCGUGGCCCGCGGCCGGAGCGACGGCACCGCCGUGGCCUGCGGCGACAAUGAUCAUGGUCAGUGCGACCUCCCGGCGCUGCCCGCGGGCCUGACCUACACGCAGGUCGCCGCUGGAGGGCGCCACACGGUGCUGCUCAGGAGCGACGGCACCGCCGUGGCCUGCGGCGACAAUGAUCAUGGUCAGUGCGACCUCCCGGCGCUGCCCGCGGGCCUGACCUACACGCAGGUCGCCGCUGGAGGGCGCCACACGGUGCUGCUCAGGAGCGACGGCACCGCCGUGGCCUGCGGCUGGAAUGCUGAUGGUCAGUGCGACCUCCCGGCGCUGCCCGCGGGCCUGACCUACACGCAGGUCGCCGCUGGAGGGCGCCACACGGUGCUGCUCAGGAGCGACGGCACCGCCGUGGCCCGCGGCUGGAAUGCUGAUGGUCAGAGCGACCUCCCGGCGCUGCCCGCGGGCCUGACCUACACAGCUCAUUUGCUUCCAGCGCUGCUCCUGCAGGUGUCGCUCGAUGGCGGCUCCAUGGUUUUCGUCACCAUCGGCGGGGUGGAGCGAUGCAGGAUCAGGGCGGCGCCCACCGCCCGCCUCGCAGACAUCCACCUCCAGCUCGUGGCCGAGCACCGCGCGGGCAGGCUGGGCCCCGGAGCCUGGCGCGUCGAGGCGAUCCUGCCGGGGGGCCGCCCGCUCAGCGCCGCGGCCGAGGAGACG